CAGAAACACAAGCAAAAGAAAAUGUUGAAGGAAAAUCCGAUACGGAAAGCUAACAUAUUCUCUAUUAUGACUUAUUGGUGGUUGAAUGACUCAUUCGUGCAAGGAAAUAAGAAGAAACUUGAGGAAAGCGACAUGUUUGAACUUGAAUCAUCUAACAAAUCGGCUGAACUUUGCGAAAAUUUGGAACGAAAUUGGAAAAGAGAAGUAGAAAAUUCAAGCGGUUCGAGGAAACCGAGUUUGUUCACAGCAAUGGCUAAUACUUAUUGGAAGAGAGUGUUGGUCUCAGGCCUAUUUCUUGUUAUCGUGGAUAGUCUUCGUACGGGACUACCAUUUCUUAUUGCAGGAUUGGUCAGCUAUUUCGAAAAUCAGGAUUCAGUUGAUGCCUGGCAAGCAUAUGCCUACGCUGCUGCAAUAAGUCUAGUCUCAAUAGUCAUAGCCUUCAUGCACCAUACACUGUUUUACCAGCUGCAGAGACUUGGAUGGCAUAUUAGAACAUCAAUUCGCUGUAUCAUGUAUAAGAAGACCUUGUUACUAAGUCAACAAUCAUUGAAUAAAACAACAACCGGAAAAAUAGUCAAUCUCAGUUCAAAUGAUGUCAUGCGAUUUGAAUACAGUCCUCAAGCUAUCCAUUAUAUUUGGAUCGGACCGAUGCAAUGCAUUGUUAUUGGAAUAAUACUUUGGCAGGAAGUUGGGGCAGCAAUACUUACCGGAAUAGCUCUUCUUGUGUUGACAUUCUGCGUUCAGUCAUUAGUUGGUCGAAGUCUCGGAAAGUUAAGAAGCGAGAUAGCUCAUCUAACAGAUGAUAGAAUCCGACUUGUGAGCGAAAUAAUAACUGGGAUGCGUGUUAUAAAAAUGUACGCCUGGGAAAAACCAUUUGCCAAACUCGUUUCUGAUGCCAGAAAGAAAGAAGUCAACAAGAUCUUCCUAUCUUCAUUUAUAAGGGCUUUCAAUAUAUGUGUUUCACUAUGCCAAGAUAAAAUAUUAACGCUUGGAAUUUUAUUGACAUAUGUCGGGAUGGAAGGAACUUUGACCGCGUCUAGGGUUUUUGCGAUCAUUGGCAUCCUCCGCUUUCAAGGUCACGUUGCGUAUAAAUUUGGAGUUGGCAUUGAACUUUUGUUUGAAACGAAAACAUCAAUCAAGAGGAUAGAGGAUUAUCUGAUGAUGGGCGAAAUCAACAGAUCAUCCAAUCGUCGUAACUCAAUUCAACAGUUGGGAAAACACGAAGAAGCGUUAAUCGAAAUCAAAAACUUUUUUGGAAAGUGGGAUGCUUCCAUACAAAAUAAUGCUGAGAAUGACAAUGCAGAAUUACUUCAUAAUACUUUAUCAGAUAUAACCGUUCGUAUAGAAGCUAAACAACUUUUUAUGGUCAUUGGACAAGUUGCUUCAGGAAAGUCAUCAUUUUUAAACGCAAUCCUGGGAGAGUUACCACCUACUAAAGGACAAGUGAAAGUACUAGGCAAGUCAGUGUACGUUGGACAAGUUUCCUGGAUAUUUUCAGGCACCAUCAGAGAAAACAUAUUAUUCGGACAACCCUAUGAUUCUAUUUGGUACAGUAAAGUAAUAGGAGCUUGCUGUUUGAAUAAGGAUUUGUCUUCACUGGUUGACGGCGAUUUGACUCUUGUUGGCGAGCGCGGUGUUAUUCUAAGCGGUGGGCAGAAAGCAAGAGUGAACCUUGCACGCGCAGCUUAUAGAAGAGAUGCCGAUAUCUUUUUAUUGGACGAUCCUCUAAGUUCUGUUGAUGUGUCGGUCGCCAGACAUAUAUUUCAAUACUGUAUUAUGGGAAUAUUAAACAAUAAGCUUCGAAUACUUGUUACACAUCAAAUGCAUUUGCUGAAGAGAGCUGAUGAAAUAAUGGUCCUUUCUAAGGGUAAAGUGUCCCGAAAAGGAAAUUACAGCAAACUAGAGUCUGAAGGAUUCGAUUUUGCCCCACAUUUAGCGAUGAAAGAGACGACUUAUCGGAGCCUGCUAAACGAUUCUAUUGAGAACGUGAACAUCGGAGAAGCCACAAAAAUGCCUCAUGCUCGCGUCAACCGUAACAAGCCAUUCAGUUCAUUGGGAUCUUAUAAUAGAAAUUCCAUGGGAGGCUCAGUUCAAACUAAACGGAGAGCUUCCUUGAUGAUAUCCUUCCAACCAAAACAAAAUAAUUCCAAUCAAGAUAUGCACCGGGAUCCAAUUAUAUCGUCCAUUGAAAUCCCCGACAUGACUAAAUUCCAAGCCAUAGAAUCCGAAAAAGUGAAGCAAGGGGAUGUUGAAGGAAAAGUGUAUAUUGAAUAUUUCCGAUCCGGAGCAAGUGUAAUUUUGAUGGCGAUUUUCAUUCUGGUGGUUUUGGCAGGACAUGUCAUAUAUAUAAUGGCCGAUUGGUGGCUUUCAUAUUGGAUAUCCAAACACAAAGACAUCUUCACUCCAGCGACCUCAAACACUUCUCAACCAACUACAGCAGCAAAUGGAACAAAAUUGUCAACCGAUAGCACAAAAAUAGAAAACUUUGAUAUUGAGCUUUACAAAAAUGUUUACAUUGGAUUUGUUGUUGGAACCGUUUUAAUAUUGCUGCUACAGAUAAAUAUGCAUUUCUAUAUAUGUACGAAGUCUGCAUUCAACAUGCACAAAAAGAUGUUUCAAUCACUCCUGAUCGCCCCGAUCCGUUUCUUCGAUAUUAAUCCUGCAGGAAGAAUUCUUAAUCGAUUUUCGAAGGACAUUGGACUAAUUGACGAACGUUUACCGGUCGUUUUUCACGAUUUUAUCUUUAUGCUAUUUCUUCUAGUUAGCGUAGUAGUGAUGGUGACGAUUAUAAACUACUUCGUGAUUAUUAUUGUCAUUCCAUUGGUAAUAUAUUUUCUAUGGCUACGAAGAUAUUACUUGAGAACAUCGAGGGACAUUAAAAGAUUGGAAGGAAUAUGUCGAAGUCCUAUAUUUAGUCUACUUUCUUCCACUCUACAAGGAUUGCCAACAAUCCGAUCUCAUGGCGCUCAAAAUCAAUUUGAAAACAGAUUCAACGAAUACCAGGAUGUGCACGGAGCCUCGUGGUUUCUAUUUCUCGUUUGUUCGAGGUGGUUUGGAUUGAGGUUAGAUUUAAUCACGGCAAUGUUUGUCUCAUCUGUGGCAUUUAUGUGUGUUAUCGCUUCUUCAGUAUUGGGAUUAAAUGCAGGACAAGUCGGUCUGAUUUUGACAUAUUCUGUGUCGAUGACACACAUGUUUCAGUUCGGUGUUCGCCAGAGCGCUGAAGUUGAAAACUUAAUGACAUCUGUUGAAAGAAUUCUACAGUAUUGCAAUAUACCUUCUGAGCCGGACAUUAUAAUUCCACCCGAAACACAUCAGAAAAAUUGGCCAAUUAGCGGUGCCAUACGUUUUGAAAAUGUCUCAUUUGCUUACCAUGAAUAUGGUCCAACUGUGUUAAAGGGCGUUGAUUUUGAGAUCUAUGAUAAAGAAAAGGUGGGAGUGGUGGGUAGAACAGGCGCUGGAAAGAGUUCACUUAUUUCUGCUCUUCUUCGCCUUGCAGUUAUGAAAGACGGCAAAAUAUACAUCGGCGGCGAAUGUAUCAACACUUUAAAGUUAUCUGUUCUGCGUAGUGCAAUAUGUAUAAUUCCACAGGAUCCCAUGCUUUUUUCUGGCAGUUUAAGAAAGAACAUAGACCCUUUCAAUCAAUAUUCCGACAAAGACAUUUGGAAAGCUUUAGAACAGGUACAAUUAAAAGACUCAAUUGAGUCAUUUCCCAUGAAAUUGAUGAAGGAACUCGCCGAGUUUGGAUCGAAUUUUAGCGCAGGGCAGAGACAGCUGGUUUGUCUCGCUAGAGCGGUUUUAAAGAAAAGUAAAAUUUUGGUGAUCGACGAAGCCACAGCCAAUGUGGACGUGGAAACUGAUCGCAUGAUUCAAGAAAUUCUUCGUCGAACAUUUAAGCAUUGUACAAUUAUUACUAUUGCACACAGAAUCAAUACAGUGAUCGAUUCAGAUAAGAUCUUGGUACUCGAUCAAGGGCAAGUUCAAGAGUUCGGUGAACCUCACCUACUUCUGAAAAACAAAGAUGGAUACCUUAGCAACAUGCUGCAUAGCUGCGGAUUUAUCCAGUCCCGUAUGCUAAGAAUUACAGCCAAAGAGGUAUAUGAUAAAAAGCAUCGAGUUUCAGGCGACUGUGAUUGUCUAAGAGUGCCGGUAGCUACCUGUUCGAACAAUCUGCAAGAAGACGGCCAAAUUAACACACCAGACACGCCUUAAAAAGAAGCAUUUAUUUUGAAAUCGUUUAGUUUUCUAACCAUUAUGUUUUGAUCUGUAUUCGGUGCCAAUUGUUUCAUAAUAGAACAGUUUCAAUGUUAAA